CGGGGCACUUGUUUGACACAGACAGAGAGAAAUAGAAUCGGAUCAAGCCGACUGUGAUCAGUGAAGCACCAUGGCCUGCGCUGAUGUUGACAUGGACAUCCACGGAGAUGACAACGACCAACACAGAUCAGGCCUGAGAAUACCGCCACAGAUGCAAUAUUACCAAGCGACAGAGCUCGUACCAGACAAGGAAGGGCCGCUGCAUAGCCUGCUGCAGAAACAACCUGCUGUGCUGGGGUCCAUGCAGAUGGUAAGCGGUUUCCUCAGCGUAGGAGUGGGAAUUGUUUUUGCUGCAACCCAGGAGAUGGGAAAAUCUCUUUUCACACUGUUCAGACUUUCCCAUCUGACAGGAGUGCUCUUCAUCGUUGCAGGAGUUGUGUCCAACCUGUUGUUCAAAUAUCCACGAUUACUACAUGUGUCCCUCCAAGUUAACUGUGGCUGCAUUAUUGUAGCUGUCGUUGCCGCUUGUAUGAUCACCGUUGACCUGGUUCAGUGGAAAACAAGCAAUGAUCUGCACUUGAGGAUUGAGGUGAUGGAACUUUGUGUGUUGGGGCUUGAAGUUUUCCUCUCUGCAAUCCUCUGCGUCUGGUUCUUUAAAGAGAAACGUGCUAAAUCACCAUGAUUGGUUUUUGCAAUUGUUUCAUUAGCCCAGUAGCUUGAGAUUUUUAUUCUGUAAAAAACUGUUUGCAUGUAGAAGACAAAUGGUCUGUAUUAGCACAAGUUUCUUUUGUACCUCAAGUGUGGCAUUCUGUUCUUAUUCGAUUGCCUAUAUUGGAGAUACCCCUGCUGAAAAGCCCGGGUUGUGGUCUGUAUCUGUUUGACUCAAGACUUGUGGUAAACAAUGUCACCUUCUCUCAUGUGAAGAAAAAAACACUCUUCAUCCUAUGCAUCUCUGUGUUUAACGGUAGUAGUGAGUAUCACAGUGCUGCUCAGUCUAUGUACAUGCAAGGGCUUCUGUGUGUGGUUUUACACUUGUGCUUUGUUAUCAGUGGAAAUACCUGCAACUUUUUUUUUUCAGCUGCAUUCACGCAUUCAGCUGGUUUCACAUUCAGAAAGAUGGCCACUGGUGGAAACACUUAAUGUUGUGUCAAACCUAACUGACAAAUAAAUGAAUGCAACAACAUCUUUGAAACAUUUUAAUCAUCUGUACAAAUGUGUUGUAACACAGAGUGGAGACAAAAGAAAUAUGACAGCACAACAUUGUCUGAAUUGAUCUGCCUGCUAUUUUUUGUUUUGUAAAAUACAUAAAAAAACUCAUCUACAAUAUAAACACUGAUUCAUACCUAGUUCAUUAAAACAAACUUUACAGACCACAGGCGUACCAUCGCGACAGUGUGCACUAUAUGUCAAUUUCCAAUUUACAGGAUCAUAAUGAAACAUCACAUCAUGUCUGAGCUUCAUCCAUUCAAAUCUUAGUGCUCCAAAGCUGGACUCUUGUUCUCAUCUCUUUACUGCUGUGGCAUCAAGUAGCAUUCAGGUUGAGGACUUCACAGCUGCGAUGAAACAAAGAAAAAAAGGGAAACAAGUUUUUAGAAAAAACAACAACUCUUUUUACGUACAGUGCAUCUGGA